AUGGCUCCUGUAAACUUCACCUGGGUGACUGAAUUUAUUCUCAUAGGUGUCUCAGAGUGUCCAGAGCUCCAGAUUCCCCUCUUCCUGGUCUUCCUGGUGAUCUAUGGGCUGACAGUGGCAGGGAACCUGGGCAUCAUCACCCUCACCAGUUUUGACGCUCGACUUCAAACUCCCAUGUAUUUUUUCCUCCGACAUUUGGCUAUCAUCAAUCUUGGCAAUUCUACCAUAAUUGCCCCUAAGAUGCUGAUUAAUUCCUUGGUAAAGAAGAAAACCACCUCCUACUAUGAAUGUGCCACCCAACUUGGUGGUUUCCUGCUUUGCAUCGUGGCUGAGGUUUUCAUGCUAGCUGUGAUGGCCUAUGACCGCUAUGUGGCCAUUUGUAAUCCCCUGCUCUACAUGGUGGUGGUAUCUCGACGGAUCUGCCUUCUGCUAGUAUUGCUCACGUACAUCUAUAGCUUUUCUACAGCUAUUGUGGUUUCAUCUUGUGUAUUCUCUGUGUCUUAUUGUUCUUCCAAUGUAAUCAAUCAUUUUUACUGUGAUAUUGUUCCUCUUUUAGCUUUAUCCUGCUCUGAUACUUACUUCCCAGAAACAGUGGUCUUCAUUUCUGCAGCUACAAAUUUGUUUUUCUCCAUUACUAUAGUUUUAGUAUCCUAUCUCAACAUUGUCUUUUCCAUUCUAAGGAUAGAUUCAUCAGAAGGAAGGAAAAAAGCCUUUUCUACCUGUGCUUCACAUAUGAUGGCAGUCACAGUUUUCUAUGGGACACUGCUAUUCAUCUAUGUGCAACCACAAACUAACCAUUCAUUAGACACUGAUAAAAUGGCUUCAGUGUUUUAUACUCUGGUGAUACCCAUGCUGAAUCCCCUAAUCUAUAGUCUGCGGAAUAAGGAUGUGAAGUUUGCCUUAAAGAGACUCUUGAAAAAUCCAUGUUCUUCCUUUAAAUCAAUGUCAUUUUAG